AUGCCAUACGAUUGUUGUGAAGAUGCUCCUUAUAUGGUAGAAGGAGGAUCGCGAGAUAGUCUAGAUAGAUUCAUUCGUAUGGGUGCCGGUGCAUCGUCGUCAAGAAUAGAGCAGCUUCAGAGACAAAUCGCCAUGGAAGCCGCGAAACGCAAAAAGGAGGAUCAGCUGAUGCUUGAAGAUCCAGAAGUCGUCAACGUCUUGAAAGAUCAAGUGCAGCAAUGCCUUUUCCAAGUUCGGAAGCUCAAUUCCCUUCUUUCAUCGGGAGAAUGCAAGCCCGACAGUCCAGAAUUGAAGCAAGGUGUUGAAGAAUUGAGAAAAAUAUUGAGUGCACCAUCACCCAAGAAGAAAGCAGAGCCUUCGUCAGAGUCUCCUUUAAAUGGCAAUGAGGUGAAAUCGACAGAAGAAGCUCCGGCGAUCGGGCAAGGAAGAACAGAACCCCGUGACCCUGGAGCCAAACAAGAUGUCUCUCAGAACCCAGAUGAGUCAAAAAUUAAGGAGGAUGUGCCGGAAAGCCAGGGAGAAAUUUCUACGAUAAAUGAAGGUAAAACUGGGACGGAAUCGAAUGUUGCAGCAGCUGCAUCAACAACAAAAGUGACAGAGAGCACUGACCAAACCUCUGAUGCUUUACCUGUUCCUGAACAAGAGCACCCUAAGACGCAAGGGGAUUCUCCUCCAUCUGUUAAGGAAGGCUCAACCAAUCAACAAGCAGAGGCACUCUCCUCGCCUCAGGUGGCCCAAGCUUCGACGCCUGCUGCUGAGCAGGUGAUUGAGACAGUGGCAGAGGAUGAAUCUGCUCCUGUUGCUGAGCAACGGGAGUUUUCAUCGGAAGGUGUCUCGCGUUCUGCUGAUGAAAUAGUAUCCGUCACAGCUGAUCCGCUUCCAAACGAUGAACAGGGGGGUGCAUUUGAGAAUCACACGAGUGAGUUAGUUUCAGUUGGUGAUAUUCAGAAGCAGAAGGCAACGCCUGGAUCAGCAGACGCUACGGCUGAAACACAACCCACUGCUACCACGAUUGAGGCAAUAGGAUCUACAGCAGUUGACGAGAAAAAACCUCUAGAAGUCCAAGAACCUUCUGCAGCAUUAAAUGAGCAACAGUCUCCAGCUGUAGUAGGAGAUCGAGAGAAUGCAGCGUUAUUGGCCGGAAACGAACAAAAAGCAUUGAAUGAAGGUGACUCUGCCGCAUCCACAGUAACCGACGCGACCGGUCAGGAAGCUCGUAUAGCAACAGAGGAGAAGGAAUCAAAACCAGAUAAUUCAGAGGAAUCCGUGAUAUUGGAGCAUGUGCAAUACGCUGCGGAAGAUACAGCAGCUCAGGACAAGGCUCAGACGCAGGCACCAGCCGAGGACAAGGCAGCGGCGGGUACAGUAGCUGUGGAAAAGGCAGCAACGGAGACUGCAGCAGCGGAGGAGAAUGCUCCAGUAGAGGCAACGGCCGAUGAGAAGGCGGCAGUAGAGGCAGCAGCAGCGGAGGAGAAGGCUCCAACGGACGCGGCAGCAGCGGAGGAGAAGGCUCCAGUAGAGGCAGCACCCAAUCCGGCGGACGCAGCGAUCGAGGACAAGGCGGCAGUAGAGGCAGCGGCAGCAGUCGAAGAGAAGGCUCCAUCAGAGGCAACAGCAGUCGAGGAGGAGGCUCCGGCGGACGCGGCAGCAGUCGAGGAGAAGGCUCCGGCGGAGGCAGCAGCCGAGGAGAAGGCUCCAGCAGAGGCAGCAGCAGUCGAGGAGGAGGCUCCGGCGGACGAAGCAGUAGAGGAGGCCGCAGCUGAAGCGGCAGCAGCGGAGGAGAAGGCUCCGACAGAGGCAGCAGCAGCACCCACUCCGGCGGAUGCAGCGGUCGAGGACAAGGCGGCAGUUGAGGCAGCGGCAGCGGAGGAGAAGGCUCCGGCGGAGGCAGCAGCAAUCGAGGAGAAGGCUCCAGUAGAGGCAACAGCAGUCGAGGAGGAGGCUCCGGCGGACGCGGCAGCAGCCGAGGAGAAGGCUCCAGUAGAGGUUCCAGUAGAGGCAGCGGCAGCAGAGGAGAAGGCUCCGGCGGAGGCAGCAGCAGCUGAGGAGGAGGCUCCAGUAGAGGCAGCAGCAGUAGAGGAGGCAGCAGCGGACGCGACAGCAGCGGAGGAGAAGGCUCCGACAGAGGCAGCAGCAGCGGAGAACACUCUGGCGGACGCAGCGGUCGAGGACAAGGCGGCAGUUGAGGCAGCGGCAGCGGAGGAGAAGGCUCCGGCGGAGGCAGCAGCAAUCGAGGAGAACACUCCGGCGGAGGCAGCAGCAGAAGCAGAGGAGAAGGCUCAAUUAGAGGCAGCAGCGGAGGAGAAGGCUCCGACAGAGGCAGCAGUGCAGGAUAAGGCUCCGGCGGACGCGGCAGCAGCUGAGGAGAAGGCUCCAGUAGAGGAGGCAGCAGCGGAGGACAAGGCACCUGGUCAUGCAAUUGAAUCUGUGGAGAAAUCUGAAGAGCAAGCAUUGGCAGCAUCCGCUUCUGAGGAGCAGGUAUUGGGAGGGGCUGUUGCCAGGGAAGCAGAAACAGCAGCAACUGACGUCUCUGAGCCGGUUGAACAAGGCUCAGGAGAAAAGGCUGAGGUGACGGGAUCUGCUGCAACUGAUGAUCAGGGUGAGGCGACGGCAUCAUCAACCUCUGAAGAGCAGAAAGCUCCUCCUUCAGAUUCUGUGGGGCAGCCAAAGGGAAUGUCAUCUCCAGAAGCAGAGCAGCAGAUGCCGGCUGGAGAUGAAACCAAGGAGCAAGCGCCGCCAUCACUCACUCAGGAGCAUCGAGCACCGUCAGCGACAGCAGCAGAAGAGGGUCAGACUCUAAACGAGCAACCGACCGAAGUGCCUCAGGCGUCAGCAACAGGUACAGAAGAGACGAGAGCAGCAGAAGGAGCCAGUGAAGAGAAGCUGACAUCUUCGGUAUCAGAAGAGCAGCAAGCGUCGGUGCCCUCAGCCGAUGGUGAGCAGGCAGCGGCCGCAACAGCUGCAACGGACCAUUCUUGUGAGCAGUCAGCUUCCGUGCCGGAGCAAGCCGAAGAGAAAUCAUCUACAAAUCCUGCGAUGAUUGCUGAGCUGGUAUCUGCUUCAGCGAAAUAG